AUGGCGCUACCUUCGUUAUUACUUGCUACUAUAAUGCUGCUAUCGUCGUCCAAGAUCGCCUUUACCCAAGAACAACCCCAUUGUGCAGAUAUCGAUUGCCACUACAAAUUACGACCAGUGGGUGCCAAGCACACAUCCGAUUAUGCUCUCUAUUUAGAAAACAAUGAAGGCACACCCAUGUCCUUUUUCCACGACGUACCAUUACAGCCAUCCGAAAACGUAUUCAACAUGGUCGUCGAAAUUCCUCGCUGGGACAAUGCCAAAUUAGAGACAACCAAGGAGGUGGUCAUGAAUCCUAUUAAACAUGAUAAGAACAAAGAUGGCUCCUUGCGGUACGUGCCCAAUCUUUUCCCCAUAAAUGGAUAUCCUGCCAACUAUGGCAUGAUCCCAAAAACAUGGGAAGAUUCUUAUGUUUUAACCAAGUCAACGGGCACGUAUGGUGACAAUGACCCUAUUGACGUACUCGAGCUUGGUUGUGAAGUUGGGUUUGCUGGGCAAAUCAAGCAAGUCAAGGUCCUUGGUGGAUUGAUUCUUGUUGACGAGGACCAAACUGAUUGGAAAAUAUUUACCAUUGAUGUUCGAGAUCCAUUGGCUUCAUCCAUGAAUGAUUUAGAGGACAUCGAGUCGCACUACCCGGGCUUUGUGGACUUGGUUAAAAACUGGUUUACGGUGUACAAGAUUCCUAGCACUGGUAAACCCAACACUCUUGGCUUUGAUGGAAAAUGUAUUGGCAAGGAAGAAGCAACGAAAAAAGUGUAUGAAAUGCAUGAAUACUGGAAAAGGCUGAUCAAUGGCACUAUUGCUGAAGAAGAUACCAAAGGCAUCCAAAGGUUCACAACGACUACUGUGGGAUCACCAUACCAAGUAGGGCCUUCCAGUCCACAAGUAAAAUCUGUGCCAAAGGCCAAUCCACAACCUUACACAAAGCCAGGGGUGGCUGUCGAAAAAUGGGCGUUCCUUCCCGCGGAAUGGAGUUUCUUAGAAAAAGCAAAGAGUGAUGAUGAGGUUUAG